AACCAGUUUCAUUCCAUCUUAAUUCUCUGUUGAAACUAGAAAAUGUUGUUGUUUUCAUUGUUAUCUGAUAAUCAAGUUCAAGUGAAAACCUGCAAGCUCGUGGAGUUGGUACAUCACUGGUCAAACCUGCUUUGGUAUCAUAACUGUCAUACCUGUUGUUCACAGUUAAUAUAAAUAGUCGUGUCUCAGCUACCUGAAACCAAUGGAACCACUGAACCUAAAGAUUUACCAACUGUUUAAUGAAGUGUAAAGGUAUGAGUAUGCUAUAUGUAGGUGUCUUUCUGAUGAUCUGCGCUACUGUGAUCGCAGUACCAGUUCAGGACCAGAAUGGAAUUCAAAAACUUGCAAGAGCCAGUAACAACUUUGCAAUGGAUUUGUUUCAACAACUACCGAAGGAUGAAAACCUUUUUAUCUCACCUUUCAGCAUCUCCACGGCAAUGGGUAUGGUGUAUCUCGGAGCCAGAGAAGGGACAGCACGAGAACUAGAAGCUACACUUGGGUAUCAGGAGGAACAGCUGCUCGAUGAAGAAGUUCACCAAGCUUUUCAGAGCACUCUUAACCAAAUAGAAGGGUCUCAAGAUCAGUACAAACUGAUUGCAGCUAAUUCAAUGGUUAAUCAUAUUGAUUACUCUGUACUGGACUCUUACAAAACACAGUUACAGGAAAAAUACAAAGCAGAAAUUAGAGAAGCCGAUUUUGUAAACGAAAGAGAGAAAGCUACCCAGGAAAUUAACGAAUGGGUGGAUCAAAAAACGCAGCAUAAAAUCGCUAAACUUUUCGAAGAACCUUUGAGCUCUGAUACGAUACUUGUUUUACUGAACGCAGUUUACUUCAAGGGUACCUGGCUUUACAAGUUUAAUUCAAGCAAUACAUUAAGUGGAACUUUCUAUAAUAAAGGCACGGAUGGGAAGGAUAUUUUGUUUAUGCACUUAACACACAAGUUCAAUUUUACAGAAGUAGCGGAUCUCCAAGCAAGAAUGAUUGAACUGCCUUACAAAGGAAAAGACAUUAGCAUGUUUGCCAUUCUUCCUUACCAGAGAAACGGUCUUGCUGUUCUGGAAAGUCAACUGAAUCCUGAUAAAAUAACAAAGAUAAUUGGACAAAUGAGAGAAACCAGAGUUAGUGUUGAUUUACCCAAAUUUGAUUUAACAUACGAAAAAGAAUUGUCUCCUUUCUUGCAGUCACUUGGAUUGACCAAAUUGUUUAAAUCAGGACAGUCAGAUUUGUCGGGUAUCAGCAGUAAGAAUGAUCUGUCUGUUUCUAAAAUUAAACAUAAAGCAGUUAUUGAGGUGAACGAAGAAGGAAGCGAGGCUGCUGCUGCGACAGGAGUUCUUGUUUUUGGAACUUCCUUAGGUCCAACUUUUUAUGCUGAUCAUCCAUUCCUUUUUAUCAUUAGAGACAACAUAUCUGGCAUGAUUCUCUUCUUGGGACGCGUCAACGAGUUUUAAAAUGCUUACUACAGAGAAUUAGUAUGAUUUAGUGUAAUGGGAAGAGAACUAGGCAAGUGAGAUAAUAUGAAGCAAAAUAUGAAAAUGUAGCUAUACUUAGAGCGUUAGUACAAUUGAAUAAUCAGUAAUUGUAAUUGGUUAGGCAUACCGAUUCUCUACAGGUAUAUGGAUUUAUAAAACUAGUUAUGUUUUAAUUACCUUUUUAGAAGAAUAAAUCACAUGUACUUUUAGUAUCAUUAUAAUAAAAGAAUUGUAAUAUUAAAUA